AUGUAUCACAUCAAUUUUAAUUCUGGCACAGAACUAGUCACAGCCUCUCCCUUCUUCUGUGCUCGCAGGGGGCAGAUACCGCCUAAAGCAGGAGUCUCAGCCGGCUGUGUUAGCACUGCGCUCACCCAGCGCCGGGCAGCCGCCGCGGCCGCCCCCCCGGCCCAGCCUGCAGACGCCCCGCAGGCCGCGCUCCGCCGCUCUCGGGCUCCGGCGGUGGGGAAGCUAGGGGGCUCCGCACACACCCCGGCGGCCUCGCUGCUGGGGGCGAGCCUUUCCUCGGCCGGCCGGAGGCACGCUGAACUGCGAACUCGGGAUCCUCCUUCCCGUGACCGGGCGAGUCAAGGGCUCCAGAGGCGCGGAGGCCCAGUGACAAGGCCCAGCGAGGGACCCCUCGGGCUCGCCGGGGGCCAGCCCAGAGAAGGCGCCCACCUCCGCCCGGCGCUGCCGCCGCUGAUCCUUGUAGGGAAGAAAAGGACUUCUGCCUGCAGCACUUCAAAGAUUAAUGGGCAUUGGGGCCACCUCCUUUUCCAGUAUCAUCCUGUGAUGCAGGACUGUCUCCAUCUUCACAACUUCCUCUCUCGCAUGUGCUCUGCCAGGACACCCCCAUCUCCUGUAAGCCCACUCUCAGCACAGCCAUUCUGUUGUUCUGCAGCCCUUUGCUGGAAAAAGAGGAUUACAGGGAACCCCAGCCACUACUGGAAUAAAGAAUCUAUGAAGUAGCAUUGGCACAGCUCCUGGGAAGUGGCAGCAAGGGAAACGGGGAAAAUGGGGUUAGGCUAAGCAUUUAAUUCUGAUGGUUUUUGCUACCAUGUGCUUAGAAUCAUGAUACUGCUGUGAUAUUAAGUCCAAAAGCACCAAAAAUAGGAGUCAAUGUGGGAGAAGAUACAAGGAAUAUGGAAUGCCUUCCAAAUAUCCACAUUUCUCUAAAUGUACCUAAGGCUGAAAUUUGAACUGUGUAGGUUUACAGAGCACGCUAACAAUUAGAAAUAUAUUUUAUUGCAGUUUUCUGAAAAUCUUUCUGCAGCUCACUGCAAAGUGACAGCUAAGGAAGCAGAUAUCCUGAGUCUUUGGGCCUGAAAACUGUUUUUCCAGUGUAGCCAAACAAUAAAAAGGAAUUAAAAGUUUUGGCUCUUUUUGAACUCAGAUUUCACAAAAAGAUAUGUGAAUUAGAAUUAGUUAUUUUGAACAUAAACACAAUUUUAUGAAUACAGUAACUUCAUCUUGGCACAUGAAAUGCGAGGUGAUAAAACAGGCAGAUUGGCUCAAAGUCAUUUCAGAACCAAGGUACUUUUAUGAUAUG